AUGGCCGUUCCUGCCGUUCCUGUCAUUUUAAAUUUGAGUUAAACUACAUACAAAGCUAAACAAUAAUAAAAGCUAGUAUAGGUUUAACGCUUCUUCAAUGAAAUAUGUCAAUACACGCUUCUGUGAGCGGGAAUCCUGCAAAUAUACGCCGUGGAAGAAUGGUACUGUCGGAUUUAGAUCAAAUCAAAAAGAAUGAACGUGAUCGUCGACGAAGGUUACGUCUGGAGCAGGUCCGGCAACAAUCAAAGGAAAUAUCAAAUCGACUUUUGGAACGUGCUAAAAAGAUAGCGAAAGAAGAACUUAGCAAAUUGGAAAAGGAUGGAAGGUCAGAGCUCAAGCGGAUGCAUGAUAGGAAAAUCAUGGAUAUACAACAGAAAUAUGAGGAAGAUUUGGAAGAUAUUGGUCAAGCCCAUGCCCUUGCUGCUUUGCAACCAGAUGUGAAUCUAAUAAUAGAAGAAGAGGAAAGGAAAAACAGAGCUAUGGCCUUAAAAAGAGGAAAAGAUGCUAUACAACAUAUGAAAGAAGCAAAACAGAAAGAUAGCGCAGAAGCAGCUCACCAAGAAAAAUUACGUAAAGUUCGAGAAAUAGAAAAUACAAGGGCUGCAAUGAUAGCUAAACUUCCAGUGCUAAUAUCACCUAAAGAACAUAAAAGAUCGGAAACAAAUUCUUUCCAAGAAGAUACAAAUGAAGAAGUUGUUCCUGAAACAUUAACUCCAAAGAAAAAGAGUAAAAAGAUUUUCUCCAAAAAAUCACCCAAAAGAUCGAAGAAAUCUAAUUUAAAAGAACAUCAGAAAGCAUCACCAAAACCAGGCCUUUCAAAAUUACAAAAGCAAUCUGCUGUACAAUCUCAUAAAUCAUCUAAAGAAAAGAGAAGCAGGGUUAAUCAUAUUGAAUAUAUCACCAAUGAUGUAAGCGAUGAUCAACUACCACGAAGAACAGUGCCUACUAUAAGUACUACACCAACCGAGGCUGAAAAAGUAGCAAGAUACAAUCCAGAUGAUUAUACACAAAAUAUGUCAGAUAGCAUAAGUAGUAGUAUCAGCAGUAAUAGUUCCAACUCGAUUAGCGACGAUUCGUCAUAUUUUUCUGAUGUCACAGAACAAAUAUGUUAUAAAGCUCCAAAGACAUCUUCAACAGAGAGCAAAGUGCGAUUGUAUGACCAUACUAUGCAUCAAAGGAAUGUCUACAAUAGGCCUCCUGGUAUAGUUGAAAGAAUCGAUAUUGGAAAUGAGCCAAAUGCAGUAGAAGCAGCACGAGCGAUAAACGAUGCAGAGAAUAUAAAAACGUACAUAUUGGAAAGCCAUAAAUUAAAUGCCCAGCGUCGCGGUGAAGAUGCGAUUUUGCGAGAAAAAGUACGAAGGGAUUACCAGGCACUUAUACAGAAUCUAGAUCAUCUUGCACAAGAAGAGCGCAGAUUAAAAGCUAGUCAAGUUCAAUCUACUGAAGAAAAUACACAUGCACGAUUACAUCAGAGAAAUAAAUGUCAAGACGAACAUCAAAAGAAAUUGAAUCGUGCAGCAAAAAAAAUUAUUGAUAUUGAUGGUACGCCGGCUCAAUAUCCUCAUCUCGCAGAAAGAGUAAUCACUUUACCAACGCAAAGAAAAAAUAAUACUGUACCUCAUUCCACAUGGCAAGAAUCUCAUUUCGUUGAUGAUGAGACAGAUGUUUGUUAUAUACAACGGGAUAAAAAUAGCGAAAUGUCACGGGAAGAACAAAUAUUGGACAUGCUGAAAAAGGUCGAAAGACAAAAAAGAUUAUUGCUACAGGAAUUUGGCUCAAGUUUGCCAGAUGAUAUAUUUAAUAUAAGUAUAAAACCGGUUUUUGAAGAUAAAAUGCAGACAAAAAAAACACCGAAAGCUGCCAAGCCUUUAUCUCCCGAAAUUAAAGUUAUAAAUAUGUCUAACAACGACGAAUGUGUAAAGAAAGAUCGAAAGACGAAAAAAUCGGACAAAUUACCUGCGAAGAAGAUUGAAAUUGCUGUACAGGCAGAAUUAGACAAAAUUAGUCCAGCAGAGAAUAAAAGUAUACAAGUGGAAUUGCCUCAAAAAGAUACAGAUACACCGUUUUCCAACAAAGAUACAACUGAUCGAAUACCUCAUCCAAUUGAACCAAAAAUUACUGUCAUCACACCAGAGACAUAUGAGAGUAGUAACAGUAGUGAUUCAACAAGCUCCGAACUUAGCAGAAUGGUCAUUGAAAUUGAUAGGAAAGAAGUAGUUAUAACACCUAAAAAAAGAAAAAGCAACGUACGAGUAUCGAAGCGAUUAUCACCUCGGAUUUAUCAGAAGAUUCGUUCAACGUCCGUCAGUUCUAAAGCAACAUCACCUACGAAAAGAUUCUCAAGAUCUCAGUCAAGCACUCGUUUGACUAGUCCUCAAAAGAAGACGAAAUGUUUAGAUGCACCGGUGGACACAGCCAGUAGAAGAGUCGACAUACAUGUGAGCAAGUCUGCAUUCACCGAUGAAACAGAUCCAUCGCAGGAAACAAGAGUAUCGAUAGACGCCAGUGCGGAGAGCUCGCAAACGUUUUCAGGGAUGAACGAUCAAGAACAAACUUCGAGUAAACCGUAUCGAGUUCGCACGCAAAUGAAAAAGUGGAUUCGAAUAAAGGAUACUUCCGAUACAUCGACAUCGUUUGCAAGUCCACCACCUGUAAAGCCUAAAUCGAUGUUUGACGUUUUGACUAAUGUUACACCAAUUUUGGAGAUGUUAGAUACUCCAGGACCCGAAGAAUUAAGAAGAUUACGACAUGAGGUCAGUCCAGUCUCUACACCAGAAACUCCUUCGCCACGUACAAUGAUGAUGCCAUCGAAUAUUCCACAUCGUGAUAGAAUAAGCAGAAUGCUUAGAUACAAUAUGAAUAACUCACAAAUUAAUGAUACUAGUACUAUACUUUCAUCGACACAAAAGGAUCAGUCUACAUUAACAGAUCCAUCAGAUACUUGUCAGAGAACAUCUGUAACAUCAAAACAGCCAAUUACAUCUAUGCAACAGCCUUCAAUAUCAUCCGAAGUCUGUAUAUGCAAAAAUCCCGAAUGUAAAUUGUUACAUACAAGACUCGAUGAUAUUCAUGAUUAUGCGCUAAAAAAUUGUCCUGAAAUAUUACAAAAAUACGAAGAUCUUCAGAACUUGUGUGCAGAAAGAAUAGCAUCUUUAACUGAUCUUAUUGAAAAAGUACGAAACGAACAGAAAGGUAUGGAUUUUUCGUUAAUCAGUCCAAGUGAUGAAACUAGCUUAAUGCAACUACCUACUGCAUCAAGACCGAUACGUGAGGAUGAGCAAACAGUGCAUAGGCUGAUUGAGAGUAUAGAAACAAUUCAUGCCCAACUUGCAAGAACUCUCUUUGAAUCACAAAGAAUUGUGGGAAGUGAAGCAAUUCCAAGGGAUGAACCUACAUCUGAUGCAGAAGUUCAAGCAAUCACUUCUACUCCUAGAAGUAAAUCACUAGAUACAGUUAAAGCACAUAUACAGAAAUCCGAAGUAGUAAAAAGCAAAGCUAAGCCAAAGAUUAUAAGCAAUGAAAGAGUUAAUAUAGAACUUAAUCGAUUUAAAAUGCAGCCUCAAGCAACAAAAAUGUCAGAUCGUAAUUCUUGGCCUCCCUGUACAUUUUCUCUUCAUGAAGAAGAGGUAAUAGAAAAAUUGUCGAAAGAAAUUUUGGAACAAAGUAAGAAUAUAGACAAGGCAAGCAUCGCCUCAAGAGGGACUGAUGAAAUCUCUAUGCAACAUAAAAUGUCUUUUAAGAAUCUUAAAAAUAAUACCUCACUAGAAUAUGAAAAAGAUAAUAGUAUUAUAAAAGAAGUUGCUUCUACUCAAGAGGUAACAAAAGAAAAUGAUUUCAUUCCCAUAUUAACUGGUAUUCCCAAAAUAUCACGCAAUCAUGGAAUUGUGACAUCGAUAGGUACAAGACCUAAACCUCCUGUUACAUUGUUAAAUGGACCAUUCAGGUCAGAAUUAGAAUCAUCAGGGCAUGAACUAUCAACGAUAGUGGAAUUUGAUACAACAGAUACAGUUACUAAAAGUAUCAAGAGCCCUGCAAAAUCUAAACCUUCAGUGCAUGUGGCUCCUUUACCUGUUCAACAGACUCAACAUUCUUCAGAAAAAUCACCAACAUCCAGUGUGAAACUUUCUGCUGAGGAAUUGAUCUUUGCACAGAGAUUACAGGAAACUAGAACUAAAUCUCCUGAAAAAUUAAAAAAUACAGCUGAUAGUACAGCAAUAAAAAUUGAAGCCGAACAAGAGUAUAUACUUGAAAAAUGUAAUAAACAAUUACAAUGUAACACAACUACUGAGGAACCUAUAUCUCAAACAAAAGAAAAACUCGGUUCUUCUAUAAGUACUGAUUUUAAUAAUCUAUAUAAAGAUAGUAAACAUAAAACAACGUCCACUAGUGCAUACAGUUUUUCUGGAUUGUCUGGAAUUUCCGAAAUAACGAGUUCUCCAUCGUCAGAUAUUCUGAAGCAUGCUUCAUCUUCAGAAGAAAUGGAAACUGCUUUGAAGAAACUAGGUUUGGGCUGGGCUGUUACGACACUAAAGAAAACUCGAGAAGCAAGUGCUCUUAGUUCAUCCUCAAAUUCAGAUGUUACACCAGUAAAUACAGCUAGAAGAAUGAUUUCUCCUACUAAAAAACUACAUGAUCCAAGUGGUUUUCCUGAUAUUAGUGAUGUGUCAUCAAUAUCAAUUAAAGAAGCUAGCAAAAGUACCGAGCAAGCUGUGCUUUUAAAAGGAAGAACUUCUACGCCUAAAUUUCAAAACUCAAAUUCCAAUAGUGAGAGAUCUACUACUACAAAUACGUCUGAAAGCAUUCAAGAUGCAAGUGAUAGUUUAACUGUACCUAAUGUGUCGCUUACAAAAACUAAAUCUGAUAAUAAGCAACAAAAUCUCUGACAUAAAGUGUUAUAUAUAUAUAAUUUCAUUAGUUACUUAUUUUUAGAUAUAUAUAUUAUUAUAUUUGACGGGAAUUUUUUAUGGGGGAUUAAUUGUAUAAUAGGGACCAUAAAAUAUUCAAAUAUUAAUACAUAAAUCAUUUUCAUAUUGAACACAUGCAACACAACAGUUGUGUGUAUAUUGUAAUAAUUAGAGUGCUCAUAUUUUUGUUAUAAAUAUAGCUUGCAAAAAGAGAACUAUACAUUUCUAACAAUUUUAAAGUCUAUAUACUUAAAAGUAAAAAUAUAAAAUAAUUGGAAUUUUUUGAUAUUUAUUGCAUUA